GAAAAAACGCAGAAGAGGAUUUAUAUAGGCUUCAAGGUGUCUAUCCUCAGUCAACAAAUCUGAAAUCUGUAUCCGAAAUUUCCGUACUGUCAUAUACUUUUGCGCACGACUUGAUAAGGAUAACUGUUAUUUCACAAUAAUGUCUGAAAUGACACAGUAACUACACCAUUCCCACUUCAAACAGAGAAAAUCUCAGAAAUUUGACGUUAACUAUUCACUAUAAAUCGAAUAAUGACCAUUGGAAGAAUACACCAAUAGGAGUGAAUCCAGCCGAAAGCAACUGAGAACUGACUGUAGUUAUUCUCUUCACGUGAGCAUCAGAUGGACGUGGUUGGCGAGUCACAUGUCGAUCCUCCAAGUAUGCAAGACAAGGAGAACAUUCUUGUGGACAAUGAGCCCAAUCUAGAAAAGAUAAGUGAGGCGAUUGUACGACAGUGUGAAUUUUAUUUCUCGGAUGCAAAUAUUCUCAAAGAUCUGUUUCUGCUUAAGCAAGUUAAGUCAUCCACCGAAGGAUGGGUGAAAUUGAAAGUAGUUGCAAACUUCAAGAAGAUGCAAGCGUUAUCAACAGACCAUGAUUUUAUACGGAAGGCACUUUCAACCUCAAGUAAAUUAGAAGUGUCAGAAGAUGGAGAUAGAAUACGCCGUCGUGAUCCUCUCCCAGAGUGGGACAAGUCCGUUUAUGGACGUUCUAUCAUAUUAUCAGACUUCCCAGAUGAUGCAGAUGUGACCUGUGAAGGCAUAACACAAUUCUAUACGGAUAGGGAUCGUCCUCCUGAACUAGUGCGUGUUUUCCUUCCAGGUCGCAAAGUAUCGUCUGAUUUAAAGCGAACUCAAGUUCUGCACCCACAACUUGGUGUUAAAAUUAGUGCUAUUGUGGAAUUUGCCGAUCGACCUAGCGCGUUGGAAGCUAUCAACUUGGCUCGUUCACACUGGGGGCAAAUAUAUGCCUAUCUUUUAACUCAUAGAAACAAGAAACUUGUGGCAACUACUGAAAAGAAAGAUUCUAAACGUGACAUGACAAGUGAAAACUCAGAUAUGAUUCGCAGACCACUUUUCCGGGACAUUGGCAGUCUUGAUAAUCAAGUCCGUGUGAUACACCUUCGUGAACCAAUCUGUCCUCCAACAGACGACAGUAUCGGCUUUUAUCCUGGUUGGCGUGAGGCGGUUCGAUCCCAUCGAGAUUAUUUUAGAGAUGGAAAGGAAUGCAGCACCACUAUAGCUUGAAUGAACUAUCAGUGCUUUUAUAACCUGGAGAUUCCCAAAAGAGAUAUUUUACUCAUAGUUCUCAGUUUCGUCUGGUUUUGUAUCACUGCUGUUCUUCUCCAGGAUCUAAACCAUGAUGAAUUAUUAAAAUAUGAUUUAUAUGCCUAGAAUAGGCCCCAUAUCUCUCUGUUAUCAGAUAUCUAUUUCCAAUAAAGAAACAAAAACAAAAAAAUGAUGUAAAGUCCAUUUGUGUGAAAUGUACAAUUUGUGUUCUCC